AUGAUAUCCGGAAUCUCCUUCAGCUCGACGCUUGGCGUCUCAACACCACUAGCCAAAUCGAGGCGCAUCAGCAUGCUCCCAAUCAGCCAUGCCGACCUUUCAUCACCGACCACCGCAGCCAAGCAUGUACAGCUGCUAGAGUUGGACAAUCUAGCGCUUUCAGAGGAGCUCGCGCAAUUAGAAGAGCGGGAUAGAGCUUCACAGGCCAAGAUUGAGCUGCUCGAGUCCCAGCUCGCUUCGUCCUCCUCGUCUACGCAGCAGAUGAUGGUGCUUUCCAGCUCUGUAUCGACCGAGCCUGCUGGAGCAGGAUCAGAGAACACAGCAGCAGCGCAGCAGCUCAGCGCCGAGAAGAAAGGCGCAAAGAGGAUCCUACACAGGCUGAUUGCGCGCAUCGAGUCACACGACCCCUCGUCGUCAUCUUCAGCAGCAGCGGACGAUUCCAGGCUCUUUGACCUCGAUCAGAGUCUCUUCCACGAUCCUGAGCGCUCGAUCCUGGCCCCAUCCUCGACAUACCUCUCCACUCCCAACGGCAAGACGAAAGUAGGGAGAAGCUUCGAAGGCGACCUUGUCGACGACGUCAUCUCUGCCGCUAACGUGUUCGAGGAGUACGCACGUAAAGCAUCCUUUGCUGCCGAAGAACAAUCUGUAGCGCUCGCAGCCGUCUCUUCUCGCAAUGAGAAGCUCAUCGCACGUGCACAAGCGCUCGAAUCUGAGCUCGAACAAGCGCGAAGCGACUCAACAGCAAGCAGCGAAAAGGAUGCUCGCAUGAACCAGCUCCAAGCCGAGCUCACCGCAUCGGAACAGCGUGAGGGCGACCUCGCGUCUCAGCUGCAGCAAUCGCAGUCACAAGUCACCGAGCUGCAAGGCACACUUCAGAACACACAGGCGAGACUCGACCAGAUCACAGCAGAGCAAGAGCUGAUCAUCUCGGCUGCAGCCAAGAAGUUCAAGGCGCAGAUCGAAGCGUUGGAAAUGCAGCUUGAGGAGCAGGGCAACUCUACUGCCGUCAUUCCUGCUCCUGAGUCCGAUCCGUCAGAACGCACCUCAGAGCUGGAAGCCAAGCUGCAGAGUACAAGCGCUGAGCUGACGCGACUUCAGGCCGAGCGAGACGCAGCAGGGCGAGAAGCCGAAACACGCAUCGCCGCGCUCGAAGCCGAUCUUGCACAGCGUCAAUCCAAGACCAGUGACCUGCAAUCUAUCCUCACGGAGCUGCAAGAGAAGAAGGAGCGCCUUCACGCGAUUCAACUGCACAACAGUCAGAUUCGGUCGCUGGAGAGGGUGCUUGCCCAGCAGGAGCGUAUCGUCAAUCUGCUCGAGCGACCCGCUGAUGGCGAGAGCGGAGAGUGGAUGGCGCAUGCGCAGGAACUCAGCGCUUCGCUUGCUCUGCUCAAGACGCAAGCUGCUCCUAUCGCGGUGCAAGAGAGGACGGAGACAUCGACCAUGACCGACGCUGAGGAGCCGAAGCCGGAGAGCGUCGAUGUAGCUAUCAUGACGGAUGCAGCUCCGGAGAACUCUGCCGUCGAGUCCAGCAACGCGCCCACCGAAUCCAACGACGACCUCAUCGCCGCGCUCAAGGAGCAAAUCGAGGAGCUCGAAGCGCGAGUCCUCCGUCGCAACGAGCAGAUUGGCUCGCUUCAACGUCAGCUCAAGAACACCGAGAAUGACCUCGCUCGCACACGCACCAAUCAAAUGCUCGCAGAGGAGACGGUGAUGGACCUGGACGCGGAGAAGACGGAGCAGCUGGCACAGAUCAAGCUGCUCGAGGAGCGCAUUGCUUUGAUCGAGUCGUCUGCGCCCCAGCAAGAUCAUGAUCAGGUAGAUGUUGCAAUGCAGACCGCCGCUUCAGAGACCGAAACUGGCGGGGUGUCGGAGCUGCAAGCAUCCCUCUCAUCAGCCCACGAGCGAAUCACAUCCCUCACCGCUCGCAUCGAAGAGCUGUCAGGGUCCAACGCAAGCAUGCAAGCCGAAGAGGAGACCCUCGAGAGCACCAUCGCCACCCUCAACACCCAAGUCGCCUCCCUCCAAAACGAACUCACUGCCGCCAUCGAGACAGCCCAACUCUCCGAAUCGCAACACGAUCAGGAUCUCGCUUCCCUCAAGUCCACCCUCCGCAAGACAGAAGACCGCCUCGCCUCUACCCAGCUCGAACUCGACACGCUCCACCUCACGCUCGCCGAGCAGCGCGAAUCCGCCUCUGGCGACGCGGAGCUCAUCAGCACCCUUCAGACGCAGCUAUCGACGCUGCAGGUGGAACACACGUCUCUCAUCGCCUCCUCCGGUGCGGGCGAAAGGGCGCUCGAGGAGACGCGCGCGUCGAUCAGCGACCUCACAACGCGCUUCGCCGCUGUCGAGAACGAGGCUCUGUCCACCCGCAGUGAGCUGGAAUCCAAGACUCUCGCACUCGACGAGCUGGUGGCCAAGCACACCGAACUGGAGCACGUCCUCGCUGAGCGGGACGCCGCCAUGACCGCGCGCAACGCCGAGUACUGGAACCUGAAGGAGGAGCUAGCCGAGCUGCAGGAGGAGGCGGAGCGAAGUCGCGACGUCGACCCUGCUGCACUCUCCGAGCUUCAGGCCCAGCUCGGCGAGGCAACCCGAGCGAAGGUCGAGCUGGAAGACCGCGUCGCAUCGCAGGAGUCGGCACUAUUGCGUCUCAAAUCGGACCUCACUUCUGCCAGAUCGACAGAAGAAAUGCUCAAUGAGCAGUACAACGCGUCCCAACGACGGGCGAAGGACCUCGAAACCCUCGUCUCACAGCUCGAAUCUUCCCUCCCGAGCCAACCCGCAGAGGAUGCAGAAACGAAGCAAAAGCUCGCUCAGAUUCAAGAGGAGAUCGAGGACCUCCGCACACGCAAUGCCGAGCUCGAAGAGGAGCUGGAGCGCAAGGCGGAAGAGAUCGAGGAGGCUGACAGCAAGAUCCUGGACGCCAUGAAGGAUAGCAAGAAGUACUCGCUGCGGUACAACAAGAUGAGCGCCAAGUUUGAGGGGCUGCAGAAGGAGGUUGGGGCCGCGCAGGAGAAGGUGACGCUGCUCGAGGGGGAGUUGGAGAAGGAGCGGGAGAAGGUGCGCGCGGCCAGGAGGGAGCAGAGUCGGAAGGAGGUGGGAGGGAUGGUGAGGAGCGGAAGCGGAGAGAGCUUGGCUGGUCGCAAACGGUCCAAGCCUGAUUAUGAUGAGGAUAUCACUGGUGGGCAAUCGACAAGGGAAGAGGUUGCGGGCGAGACAACGACCCCAGCCCGGGAAAGCGCAGUAAAAGCAGUCUACGCACCCUCUCCUUCGACCCACACGGCCACACGCACCCCUUCCUCCUUCACCCCGCUCCGCCGGUCGGCACUCAAAUCCGCCUCGCGCUCGCACACCAAACCCGUCCCCACGUCGUCCCAACCCAUUGUCCUCGGCCACGGCACACCUUCCACGCUCCCCACCUCAACCUCCACCUCGUCCGAGGGCGGGAUGGUCCGUUCCACCUCAAACCCAUCCGAGCUCAUCGCAGCUCGACUCUCCGCCUCGCCAAUCAAACCGCUGUUGAGCGACAAGACCAAUUUGUCGGUUGCGGCGGGCGGUACGUCGAGGUUGAGCUCCAAGCUCGGCUCGCAUCCCGAGCAGCCGGUGCUCAAGUCGAAGGUCAAGAGCGCCACCUCCCUGCUGCCUGCCGAAAAGAAGGGCGAGGAGAGGAAGGCCCUCGGUGCAUCAGCGGGAUCAGCAGCGGCGGGAGGAGGAGCGGCUGACUUUUUGGCCAAGAUGAAGGCUCAGCGUGCCCAACGCGCCUAG